CCAUCACUCCUCCGCUCUCGCUUCCUCCCACUGCUCCAGAGCGCCGACCAAGAACAAGAAGCACCAGAUCAAAAUGGCGCUCCUCCCGCUGGUCCUCGCGGUCCUCGUCGUCUCCUGCGCCGCGCAGCAGCCACCGGUGCAGCCGCCGCCAACGCCCAACGCGCCGCCUGCCGGCAACCCGCCUCCUGCUCCCAACGCGCCUCCGGCCGGCAACCCGCCUCCAGCUCCCACCGCGCCCCCGGCCGGCAACCCGCCUCCAGCUCCCAGCGCUCCUCCGGUCCCCACCACGCCUCCUCAGGCGCCACAGGCCCCGGCCACGCCCCCUCCGGCCCCGCAGGCUCCGGCCACCCCUCCUCCGGCUCCCACCACCCCGCCGGCCACCCCUCCCCCUGCUCCCACCACCCCGCCCCCGGCUCCCCCGACGCAGCCUCCGCCCGCUCCCACCACCCCGCCGCCGUCGCCCCCGGCCACCCCGCCUCCAGCGCCCGCCACCCCGCCGCCAUCACCGCCCAUGUCGCCACCACCCGCCACACCUCCUCCGAUGGCGACCCCGCCGUCGAUGGCGCCCACGACCUCCCCGACCGUCGCCCCGACGACAUCGCCCACCGCGACGCCGUCGAUGUCUCCGACCAGCCCCAAGACGACCUCCCCGACAAGCUCCCCGACUUCGUCUCCCUCGCUCACGCCCGCAGGCACGCCGGUGACGGACAGCAGCGCCUCGAGCGCGCGCGCGGCCGGCGUCGCGGCGCUGGUGGCCUUGGCGAGCGCGGGCCUCGCCGUCUUCCUCUGAGCAGCAGGCCGGUGCAUGCUGUGUCCUCCUUCCCGCGCGUCGCUGCAGCUUUCUUCUUCUUUCGUGUCGUUAUUUAAUUUUUACCGGUGGUACUACUACGAUGGAUCGAUUCUUGAUGAUGUACUACGAUGAUGCAUUGGUUGUCCGUCCCGUUUUUCCUUUUGAUGAUCGGCGGGUGGUGGUUGGUUAAGUUUAGUGCAUGUUCCGCUCUGUACUGUACGUGAGUUACCGCUCCAUUUUGGUUAUAUAGAGAGGAUUUUGUGUA